AUGGAUCCCAUCACGGCGUUGGGCAUUGCAGCUAGCGCGGCGCAAUUCAUCCAAUUCAGCUCCAGCUUGAUAUCAGGCACGAUAGAGAUCUACCAGUCCGCCACAGGUGCUACGGUCAGCCACGUAGAAAUUGGGUCGCUGGUAGAGCGGACGAAAUUUCUCAUAGGAUGCCUUGAUACUGCACCGGCGGAUAAUGCCCCACGCUUGGGGCGAAAGUCGCCAUUUGACCGACAGCUCAGAGUAAUUGUGAUUACAUGCAGAGAUGCCGCCAGUCAGCUAGCCAGCAUCUUAGAUGAUCUCAAGAGGAAAGGAAGGCAUCGGUUGACGGAAAGCCUCCUCGUGGCUGCGAAAUCUAUGCGGAAGGAGAAGGUAGUCCAGCAACUCCACAGGAAGCUUCUAGGGUUGCAAUCCGAGCUCUCGUGCUGUCUGAUAUCAAUUGUCCAUGAUGAACAAUCAGGCGGAUUGGCCGAGUUGGAAGGUCUGUCAGCGCGCAUCAAGGAGAUGAACAUCAAUCAAGAAUCAACCAUCAUGGACCUCCGCGAUAAGCUUCUUAACUCACUUUCUCGUCAAACACAGAUAACGAUCGAGGCCCAAAACCUCCUACGAGAGCUGGUUGAAGAAGUACGGACUACUCGGUCCCAACUUUCGGUUCUAGAAAGUCUGCGAUAUGCAAAUAUGGGUGCUCGAGAAAGCGAGGUGAAGUUAGCUCAUCGGCAAACGUUUGAGUGGAUGCUUCAGUCGGAGUUGGGCGGUCGACUACCCGAGACAGGUUUCGACGACUGGUUGAGGGACAGCGGCGGGGUCUACUGGAUUACCGGGAAGCCGGGUUGUGGGAAGUCUACGCUGAUGAAGCUCCUGUGUCACCAUCCUAUAGUCAAACAAUCUCUGACUCAUUGGGCUGGAGGACAGCGAUUAUUAUUCUCGACCUAUUUCUUCUGGAGCAGCGGAGAAGAGUUCCAGAAAACGCAGGAGGGCCUUCUGCGGACAUUGCUCUCGCAAAUCUUUACCGAAUGCCCUCAACUUAUGCCACAGGCUUGCGGCGAUCGUUGGGGCCAAAGCUAUCACUGGAUGAAAGACGAACUUCUUGACGUUUUUUGGAAGCUGAGUCAAGAGAGCAGUUUUGACUCCAAGUUCUGCUUCUUUAUCGAUGGUCUCGACGAGUUCGAAGGAGACCAUGAUGAUCUUGCGCGGCUUUUCGGACGACUAGGUUCCGUGACCAACAUUAAAGUCUGUCUUUCGAGCAGGGAGUGGCCAGUCUUUGACUACCACUUUGGAGCCACGGGAGAUGAGGAGAAGCCUUUUAAAUGCCGGAAGCUUCGCCUGCAUACUUACACGGAGAACGAUAUGAUGCGUUUGGUCAGAGGCAAACUCUGCGAAGAUGAUCGAUAUCAACGCUUCUUACGGAAUCUACCGCGGAACGAAAGCAUCAAGCAACAGGAUUUCUUCAAUGAGAUUAUCUUGAGGGCGCAGGGGGUGUUUUUAUGGGUAGCUUUCGUAUGCAGAGAGCUCUUGAAGGGAAUUAUGAACCAAGACACUUUACAAGUUUUGAUGUCUAGGCUGGAUGCCCUGCCCGUUGAUCUCGAAAUUUGUUACAUGAGGGUUAUCAACCGCAUUGAUCGGGUGUAUCAGUCGUUGUCUGCAAGGGUAUUGCAAGUGCUUUGUGUCACGACUGAAGAUCUAAAGAUGAGCGCCUUCGAGUACUUGGAAGAUGACGACUUUGGCAACAGGGGCACAUCGCUCCGUGGUCGAAAGUCGAACAUGAGCGUGGUGGCGCAAAUUAAGGCAUCCAUUGGCGAUCUAGUUCAAGUUGACUCAGUCUCGGGCCAUGUGAGCUUCAUCCAUGCUACAGUCAAAGAGUUCAUUAGCACCUCACAGGCCCAGAGCAUUCUGAGAUCUCGGGGAGGGCAAAACUUCGAUCCGCACAAGUAUUUGUGUCGCUGGAACUUGUAUGAGCUCCUGAGAAACGCCAAGGAUUCAAGCAGUCAAAAAAGGCUCGAUCGUCUCACGUAUCACGCGCGAAUAUAUGAAGAACAUACGGGAAAGACGGAUGAAUAUGCUCUCGACGAAGUUGCUACCUCGUUAGCAAAUUCCGCGGCUCUUCAAAAGCCAAAGCCGCAUGACUUACUCUCCAAUUCCUUGAAACCAAACGAACCUAGGAUCAUGUGGAUGCCAGAGUGGUCUGACGAGCAUUCCUUCCUGCGGUUUGCUGUUCAUCGCGGCCUGUGUGUAUAUGUCGCUUUGAAACUCGAUCAACAGCCCAACUUGAUAUAUGGAUGUGGAAGUCACCUUCCGCUCCUCGAUUAUGCCACUUGGGCAGGGUUCUACGAUGGUGAAAUCGCACCUGCUAGACCAGCUGCCGUGGAGCGGAUGGUGCGCCUUUUACUUGAUCGCGGUGCAUCCCCGAACGAGUUUUACAAAGGCAGAACCCCUUUCCUCGCGCUUCUCACUUGGCUCGCGGAGUACACUGAACCUGCAUAUCGCAUAUCAGACACUGCAUCACAUAUACGGAAGAAUACCAUCCAUCCCAGGCUUGAUGAUAGUGUAAGAAUCCUCGAAUUGUUCGUCUAUCACAAGGCGUAUGUCUUUGACCAGUGGUGGAUAGAGGCCGACAAAAUCGUGCAUCCGGUCUUGCUAGAUGUAUUUCACUAUCAGAAAGUGAGGAUCCUGGGCCAUCCUAGCAUUAUUCGCAAACUGAGAGGCGCGUCGGACAGGCAGGUCAGAGGGUUGGAAGCUCUGAUCUCACGAAAGGGUGCUCAUUCAUUGGCUUCAAGAGCAUUGCGGCAAGUUCGGUCUAUUGUUUGGGCAUGCAAGACUAUUGUCGGACUUCCGCUGUAUGUGUUGUGGGCUGAUGGCGCUAAGCUCGUCGGCUUGGCCUUCGCAGCGGUUGCAGUAUGCUGUGCUGGAUUGUCAAUCUAUCUUGUGUACCGUGACAAAGUGCCCCGGCCGUCCCGCAUCAAGUCCAUACAAGUUCAACAAAAUCAAAUGCGACUGGUUACUCUCUUCACAGUGGAAUGUGCAAGGCUAGUUUCCGAGACUGCGUUCUUCUGUGUCGCUCAAUUAACAGAUCUGAAGAAUGGUCUGAAGAUGCUUGGCUUUCGCUCUUGCUGCGCGAUAAUGGUUCUGGUUUUACGCUUUUGUUUUCCUUUGGUUCUAAGUGCGGAGGGGUUUGCGAUGAAUUUCGUCUUCAUAUUUUGUGGUUGGAUUGGUUUUGCGGUAAUUGUAGCGAUAAACCUCGAGCGUGAGAAGGAUAACGUGGCACAGAAAACAUGACAGUAUGUUGGAUUCCCUGUGAAUUCAACGGCGCUGGUACAACGUAAUGAGUGGGGUUUAUGGUGACUUGGACGCCCGAGAGAUCAGACUGCAGGCUGGUCAAUAAGCCCGUCAGUUAUCAACUGAGGAUAUUUCCUGGCUGGUUGGUUUAUAAGGGUCGG